GCUACAGGCAGAGUUUUUUAACGAGUUCUAUCUUCAUAACACCACAUCAAACUUUUCUGAUUCUAUAAGCUUCAUUUCCAUAUUGCUUAUUUUUCGUUUUGUAUUUUUCUCUGACGAAAGGAUAAUCAAACUACUAUCAUUGUAUCCCUCUUUCUUUAUUCUUGUGACUAUGUAUUUCCUCUCAUUAUACCGAUGUUUCACUUUUACUCGACAAUAAGUGGCUUAUAUACAUCCGUAAGCACAUUCCUUGAUUCUCAGGGAGAAACAUUCGACUCUGUCUACCUAGAACUCUUGAUAAGUGUGUCAAAAAUUAUAUUAACCUACUAAAGCCUCUUUAGUCAAAAACUGUUGAUUGUGUUUAAACUGUUUAGAUCUAGUUGUGUUUUUAUUUAACUUGUUUUUAUUUAACUUCAUAAAUUUGCUCCUAGAAGUAACAUCUUACUUUUCAAGGAUUGGUUACCUAUCUACGGAAUUAGAUGAUAUAGUUCUCUUUAGUGAAAGCUUUGACAAAAUCCAGAGUCUUCCGAACGCCAUAAAUAACUAUAAAAAUGUUUAAUAUCCGUUUCUUUCCCUAUAAAUUCAAAAUGUUUCCGCAUCAGUUCUCAGUUUUAUCAUAGAGAAUGAGGUAGUUAAGCGAGUUGGCCUCUUCACUCAGCUUAAAAGUCUUAUCAUUCCUCUUAAAUUGGUGGCCGACAAAAUCUUGACACCGAUUAAAAUCUUUUUCCAUAUCUGUAAUCUUUACUGUGAAAAAAUGAAGUGAUGUUAUUUUUUUUCUGUCUGUAGCUGUCAAACUUGGACCUCAAGAUUUGCCACAUUUAAGUAAUAGACAUAACUAUUCUGAUUCAUGUGAACAACACGGACAAAUGGAUGAUUAUAGAAGUGGUGUAUACGAAAAUCUUGUCAAUCACUUCACAACAAAUCCAGUUACUAAUAUGGAUAAAUUGUUGAUUUUGUAAUAACUGUUUUAGGUUUACUUUUUAAUCACUCCACCUACAUACUAUUCAUCACUACUGUCAGAGUGUUAUGACUGACAUGAUCCUCAGAAAUUUGUGGGAGCAUGGUAUUCAUAUCAAUCAACAGCAGACCGAAUUAUGCUUGAUCUAUUGGCUCAUUUGAAAAAAACCUUUAUCAACAACAUGCUCAGUGGUCAACGGAACAAGAUAGUCAACGUGAAUACAAAAACAAAUAACGACAAUAAAACCCAUGAAGACAACUAACCACAAACAAAAUCACCAGAUUAAACAGAUUUGAGACUCGUUGAAUAAACUCGCUUUUAUGUUACAUAAUCGCUGUUGUCGUUAUCCGGAACUACAAUUAUUGCUCUACAAUUAAGCCAUCGAGCUUAAAGAAUUCAAAAAAUACUAAAAAUAUUCCAAGAUUUAAUGUACUUUUGAUUACAUUCCAUUCUCUUAUUUUCGAUAUAAAAUAGUCUGAUGGAAAUAAACACUAAAUAAUGUGGGUUCAGAUCGUAUGAGAAACAUCAGUUCCCUCAAGAUUGAGCAUACGUCUAGGGUUUCAUUCCGAUCGAACCCAACCAGCUGUCAAUUAAAGAUAAUGUACACUAUGUUGAGUCACAUAGAGUAGUGGCCACAUUGCAAUUCAAUCAACAGAAUUCGAUCAUUAUCAUGAACUAGAUCAGAAGUGAAUAAACCUUUAUCAAGUUACCACAUAGAAAUAAUGCCAGGCGGGUCACAUAAACUGUUAAAACGUAUUUAAUGAAUAUACUGAUAUUUAUUGUUUAUUCAUGCAACGAGCAUUUACCAGUGCAGUUACCAGCGUUAACCAAGUUACUUUAUCGCUGAGCUAAGUGCAGUUGUGGACAAUUUUUCACAAGAAUGUUAUAAUUAGAAACCAUUUUGUUUAUCACAAUUUGUGGCUGACACUAAAAUGUUUGUGGCUUUUCUUCUCUCUACUUCGAACAAUAAAUUUCGAGGCCUAUCAUUACUGUUUCAACUAAUAGUCCGCUUACUACACCUGUGCCCCCUAACAAACAUUAUGUUAUUUCACAACAAUGUAUGAAUUCUGAUUAUAAUCUAUCAUCGGAACCAAUGGUAAUUAUUCAGAAAAUCGAUGCACCUACUCAAACAACAUUACCUGAUAUUGUUGAUUUAGAUUGUUUGCCAUCGGCUUCAAUACCGUCAACAUUAUUGUGUAAGACUAUAACAGUGACAAAGUCAGAAGUAAGUUGUAUCAAUCAUGUCAAUCAUCUAAACAGUACUAGUACUACUAAUACUACUAGUAGUAGUAAUAGUAAUGACAACAAUGAUAGCAACAAAAAUGUUACACAAAAUUCCUGUGAUGAAUUGAAUAUGGAAGAAGAAAAUUCACAGCAAAAAGAACAAAAACAGUCACAGAAUCAGUCACGUCAAAAAAGAAUCCCGGCAUUGAAACAUUUGAAAUUACCAUCAACUUGUAGUUCGACAGUUUUACGACAAACUAGUAUACCAAAUGGAUAUUUUUUGUCAACACCGGAAGUGAUCAAUGAACUUGGUAGAUUGAUUUGUUUCUUUGUUUGAUUUAUUUCUUUAUGAAACUUUUGUUUAGAUUUAAACGGAAAAAGAAGAUGGUUUCAGUAUAUUUCAUAUAUUGGGCUAGUAGGAUGUAACUCAGGACGUGUGUUUCACCAUACUUGAUAUUCAUUAGUUGACUAUCCUUGAAUGUCAGUUUUAAUGUUCACAUUCGGACUUGAAUCCAAUGUCUUUCAAUUCCAAUGGCCGUUGCGUUAUCGAUUGGGCUACUGAGUCUGAAUAACCACUAACUUGUCCAAUGUGUAUUAAGUUAUUAGGACUGGUUUCGUAAUUUCUCAUUUUUAACGUUCAAUAGACUGUAACCUUUAGAGCAGCAACAGUAUUACGCUAAAGCUAACUUUGUCACUAAUUUCCCCGCUUAAUUUCUAGAUGGGAAAUGGUUCAAAUUCCAAACACUUUGUAUCAUAAUUAUAGAGAAAAUCAACUUGUUGAAAAACCAAAGAUUUGAACUGGUAAUAUCAAUGUUACCUAUGAGUAGUUAGUACUGUACUUCAUGUUUAGAAAUACCGAAAAACUUUUCUAAGCCGCACAAUUUGUGUGAUUAAUGUAACCUGGUUGUAAGAUCAAGUAAGCUUUAUCAAAUAUAUUAGAGUGCUACAAAUUAACAGUUUAUACUUAAUAUAUUCCUUAGUUAAUUACAGAUUGGAGAAUACAAUAUAAAACUUAACAGAUCAAAAGGUUUUUUCGCAAGAUUGUAAAAAUAGUCUCAUUUACCUUAUUCCAUUAUCACUUACAUUACCAGCAUUCAUAAAGAUGGUUUCUUUUGGCGUUGUAGAGAAUCAUGUUUGUCUUGUCAUUUUGUUUUAACGUUUUUUCUCAAUAAAUAUGAGUGAAUUACCUGUUGAACUCUUCCAUUCAUCAUAACUUGUAUUAUCAGACAUUUGAUCCUUAAAAGUUUUACUGUUCAUUUUAUUCUGAUUAAAUCCCCAUCUUAUCAGUAGUGGAUCUAAAUGUUCAGUACCGAUUUAAUGAUUCUUAAUUUACCGUUAGGAUAAGUUGUUCAUGAAUAUUGUUCAAAUUUCAUUACGCAAUGACUUCAAUUUAUGUGUCAUUGAAAACCUAUAAGGUAUUGGAUAUCUGAAGUCUAUUGGUUAUUAAAAACUACGUACUAAUUGAAUAAUCUUCAAAUACUUAGUUUAUAACCAUAUGCUCAUUUGCAACUAGCUUCGAGGCAGAUCUUCAAAGUUCUAAUACAAAUUCCUGUCUGGUGUAGUUUAGUUUUGUCAGGAAUGAAAUAAUUAUCCUCUGAUAAUGAAAUUUAAUUAGAAAUAUGCUAUUUCAUAAAUCCUUUGAAUCCUAUGGAGGAAUCUGAAAGUAUUUUGCAUGUUUCAAGAUAUAAAUUUAGUGGAUUCGGUUUUAUGCAAGUUCGCAGUUUCUCACCACUCCUAAGGAACAUUAAACUUGGACAAAACGGUUGUCGUCAAUCAUAGUCAAUUUCGAUCCUGGCACAGAUGUGCAUUGGCCCAAGUUUUCAUCCCCACAUUAGCAUAACGCUAUGAAAUUUACAAGAUAAUUGUCGAAAGAGUCGAAAUAAUCACGGUAAAAACGAUAGUGAGAAAGACUAAUCACUGAGAAUAUGGUUCGAGAUUUAGGAAGGAAACAAUAUAGAUGAAGUAAUACUGGGACUGAAGAUCUAGAGAAAAGUGAAGAAUCAAUGCAUCUCUGUGAUCGAUUGUGAAUUACUUCGUCCAACGUCUCUAACCAUUAAUAGCGGUUUGCAUUUACCAACAUAGUUCAGUCCAACAUUCAGUGACUUCCUAGACCUGAUGCUUUCACUUAGUUUAGUCAUCCUUAGCUUUCUUUUAAUUUACACCUACACUAUCUAACAUUGCCUAACAAGGUAGGUGAUAGUCAGGCAUACGUAACACAUAGUGUAACUACCUCACCCAAUGAGAAUGUACAACCUUGCCAGCUGAUUCGUUACUUUUACUUACCCUUAUCUCAACAUUUUUCACUCAGUGAUUCUGUAAGCUUACUAUUCGUUGACUGUUUAGCCUUAAAAUUUUAUAUUCUCGUUCUUUUGGAAGUUUUAAUUCAUUCUAGUCAUUUUUAUUGUUUUUUCUCGUAUUAAAUUAUAGGUCGUUUAGAUGGUCAUCGAAAUAAUAACAAUAACAAUGGUAAUUCAUCGACAGAUUCUCCAGAUACUCAUCAUCCACUUUGGCAUACUUUUUCUCCUGCUAAUAUAUUUUACCGGUUAGGAUUACAUCAGGUUUUAUCAUUGUCACCAGCUCCUCCAACAUCUCGAGAGCCUCCUUUAUUUCCUCUUAGUCAUAGUCCUCCUACGCCUACUUCCAUACCAUCAUCAUCGUCAUUAUCUAAUAUAAAUGCUGAAAAUCAAAAUUCAUUAAUUACUCAACCUGUACUUGUUAGUCAAUCAUCAUGUAUAAAUAUGGAUACGAUUUCAGCAUAUUGUGAAUGUAUGUUCUCUAUUGUUUUUUAUUGUGUUUAAAAACUUCCCCGUUAUUAGUAGUAUUAUUUAAUGGUUUUUACACUGUGGACAUUCCCUUUCUCAUUUAAAUUUAAUUAUAAAUUAUCUAAAUCGUACUAUAAAUUAGGGAUAAAGCUGUCCCACAAUAGUAAUAACAAUAAUAAUUUUUUUUCGAAAAUUAUAGUAAAUGCACCGUAAAUUUCAAGCUGUAGUCAGUUUAAUACCAAAUAAGUAUAUGCACUAUUCGAAGAGAUAUGAUUUAGGUAUUAUUUUAACUGAAUAUUUGUUAUAGGAUAGUGCAGAGCAUGUAUGAAUAGAUCUUUACAAAAUGUCUAAUCCAUAGGUGAAAUAAUUUCAAAAUAGAUCAUUAAUGGCAAGCAAUAUAUUAUGUGACUGUCACAAUUUUUUUUAACAGUAAUACUAUCUUAUGUUUGAUAAACAUGGUUGGUUACACUAAGAAACAUGACGGCAUAAUUUCACCCUGAAUGAUGUAGAUAUCACAAUCUUUGCCAAGAACAAACAAAUGUUUCACAUUUAUUUAAAUUUAAAAAAAUAAGAUGAAAUUUUAUGACCCUUAAAUUGAGAAAGAUUUGAGUAAUUCGAUCAUUCACUCCCAACUGCGUAACUCUUAACGUUUGACCACCGACAGACAUAUAUAUCACUACAAUAAAUUCCUAAAAUCAGCCGAAAAAAAGGUACUACAC